AUGCUCGUUAAUAUCACGGACAUGCACGACUUCAAGCACGAGGUGACUGUAGAGGAAGCGCUCACUCUGAACCAGGUGGAGAAGCGCGCGCGGGAGCAGGGCCGCGUCUGGUGGAGCUACGAGGCCAACAAAGGCCCGUACUGGUUCCUGGAGGAAGCCCCAGCGAUCUCCCCUCCCCCCUGUACUCCCUUCGAUAUUUUCCCCAACCCCACCCCCGUCUUCCCUGAUCUCCCCCUUUUUCUCCCAUUUCCCCCCAUCUCCCUUAUCUCCCCUCAAUCUCUCCCCCAUUUGUCCUUCCAUCUCCCGCAUCUCCUCCCCCCCUCCCCCCCCCCAAACUCCCUCCGCCUUCCCUCAUCUCUCCCCAUCUCUCCCUUAGCCUCCCUCCAUAUCCCUCCCCGCGCGUCCCCCUACCUCUGCCCACCUUCCUCCACCUUUCCCCUCAUUUCCGCCCCUCUUGCCCACGCCCCCAUCGCCGCCAUUCCCUCCAGCCAGGGCCUGCACCGCACAUUCCCCAAGCACCCGCGCAUGGACACACCAGAGAGUCUGGCGGCACUUAGGCGCGUGCUCGAUCUGCACCGCACGUUCCCCAAGCACCCGCGCAUGGACACACCAGAGAGCCUCGCAGCCCUUCGGCGCGUGCUCGUGGCCUACUCCUUCCGGGACUCUCACGUGGGGUACUGUCAGGGCAUGAACUAUGUCGCAGCGUAUCUGCUGCUGGUGAUGCGCAGCGAGGAGGACGCGUUCUGGAUGCUGGCGACGCUGGUGGAGAACGUGCUGUACGACGACUGCUUCGCCGAGGACCUCUUUGGCGUGCACGUGGAGCAGCGCGUGCUCAAAGACCUGCUCAAGAAGAAACAGCCCAAGCUGGCUAGUCAUCUGGAUAAGGUUGGGUUUGAGCUCUCCCUCGUCACCACGGAGUGGUUCCUCUGUGUCUUCGCCAAGACAUUCCCCUCUGAGACCACGCUGCGGGUGUGGGACGUGCUCUUCAACGAGGGAGCCAAAGUGCUCUUCAGAGUCGCCCUCGCUCUCUUCAAGAUAAACGAGGCGGAGCUGAUGACAGCACAGCACCUGGGGGACGUGGUGGAGGUAUUGAACCGAUCCAGCAGCAGACACUUUGACCCCGACAUUCUUCUGCAGGUGGCGUUUGACCGGCUGGGAACCAUGUCCAUGGCCACCAUUCUCAAGCAGCGCAAGCGGCAGAAAAACGCGGUGGUGGCGGCAUUGGAGGCUCGGGCGCAGCAGCUUAGGAGAGCAGAGAGGGAGGAGGAGGAGGAGGAGGAGGAGGAGGAGGAGGAGGAGGAGGAGGAGGAGGAGGAGGAGGAGGAGGAGGGGGCAGGGAGAGCAGAGAACGCGGCAGCACAAGCAGCGGUUGCUGCUUGCGGCAGCAGGAACAGCCGCAGCAGAGGGGCGCUAGGAGGAGCUUUGAAAGGGGGCGCAGGGUUUGGAAGGGGUUGGGGAGGGUUGGACGAGAUGGAGAAGAUUCGGGAGGAGGAGAGAGCGGAAUGGGCGCGGGAAGGGUUCACCCCUCCGCAAGGCCUCCCCCCUCGUGUGGCGUCUCACCUGAAUUUAAACCUGAACUCAGUGUCAGUUUCUCCCCAUCUCCCUCGUCCGCCCGCCACCCUUGUGCCCACACUGCCCCACUCUUGUGCUGCUGGAGUAAAGGAGAGGGGACAUGUCGCUCGCGGUGACACAUGCAAGCAACCCAAUCGUAACUCUGACCCAGUGCAGCAGAAGAGGAAUUUACGCUACAACAGCAGCAUCACCUUUCCUUUAUACCUGCUACCCCACACGGAUUCGUAUUACGACUCGGGGUCGGAGGACACGGAGGAGGGGCCGCGAGUGGCCCGCUUGAGAGCAGUCCACACGUCCAGCAUUCGCAUUCACCCGUGGGGGAACGCGAGAGGUCCUGAGAUCGAUUCCUCCCUGGCACAGUCUUCUUCUCAGUUCUCUGAGAACCGACCCGCUGAGUACCGAACCUCUGCCGAAGCAGUGGAGCUGCUGGCUCGGUACCUGCAGUCGCCCCAGGGCCAACGCAAGCUACUUAACGAGGCUGCCCUGCAGCAGGUACCUACCUGCCCUGCUCUCCUUGUCAUCCUGCAGUUUUGCUUCUCACAUCCAUGUGUGCUCGUGCGCAUGCACAUUCAUACGCAUACAUACCCAUCUCACUUCCAUCCCUGUGCCCAUACUCAUCGACCCAUCAUGUGGCAGUUGGAACCUGUGUCAGAGAAUCUGUUCAGGUACAUUCGCCUGUGCCCAUUCGCCUGCGCCCAUUCACCUGCGCCCAUUCGCCUGCGCCCAUUCACCUGCGCCCAUUCGCCUGCGCCCAUUCACCUGCGCCCAUUCACCUGCGCCCAUUCACCUUCGCACUCUCGUUUCAUGACCGAACUCUUCAGCAUCUCCGUGCAGCCAAUCAUGGACCUCCACGUGUCAUCCUCUGAUGACACGUGCACUGUGGAAAUGCUCUCUUGUCAACUGGGAACGUCCAGUCAGGGCAACCAGAACCGAGUGUUUGAAGGUUACCUCAAGAACGUGAUGACGUGGCAGCCAUGUCAGCAAGUGGAGGGCCACGUGGUGCUCUCUAUGAGCUCCGAUAUCCGAGUGUCGCUGGAGGUGCGUUGGAGGGUUGGGGAGGGGUGGGGAGGGGUGGGGAGGGGUGGGGAGGGGUGGAGUGGGGGAAGGGAAAGCGGAGGGGGAAGUGCAUGGAGGGGAGGUUCAUGGGGGUGGGUUAAUUGA